GGUCCUGGGGAACGGGCGGGGCGCGGCGCGGCGGCCGAAGCUCGGAAGCUGACUGAGGCGGCUGGGGUCCCCGCCGUCUACCAGACAUGAACGAGGCUGACCGGCAGGUCCUGCGACGGUACCGGUUGCGGCUGGUGAGCGAGUUGCAGGUGGCCUCGCUCUGGGACGCUUUGCUGAACCGCGAGCUCUUCACCCCCGACAUGAUAGAGGAAAUCCAGCGGGCAGGCUCUGGGUCUCGGCGUGAUCAGGCCAGGCAGCUGAUCACAGAUCUAGAGACUCGAGGGAGUCAGGCCCUUUCUUUGUUCAUCUCCUGCUUGGAGGACACAGGUCAGAACAUGUUGGCUUCAUUACUGAGAACCAGUAGUCAAGCGGCAAGGCAGCAUCCGGAGGCCAUCAGACCCCUGGAUCUUAAGCCUGUGGUGCUGAGGCCAGAGGGCCUCAAACCAGAGUCGCUGGGAGUGGGUAAGCAGGAUCCAUUGAUGCCAACCCCAGGAAAACUCGUUCCAGUGGUGCUGGGGCCGAAGGAGCUCUGGCCGGCCAAGCUCAGACCUGAGGUUCUCAGACCAGAGGUGCCCAGGCCAGUGGACAUUGGUUCUGGAGGACUCAGUGAUGUCUGUGCUCAGGACAGAGCCAAGGGAAAUGCCAAUUUGGCCUAUGUCCUGAGCGCGGACCCCUGUGGCCGCUGCCUCAUUGUCAACAACGUGCACUUCCGCCGUGAGUCGGGGCUCAGGACCCGCACCGGCUCCAGUGUGGACUGUGAGAGGCUGCAGCGGCGGUUCCACUUGCUGCACUUCGUGGUGGAGGUGGAGUGUGACCUCACGGCCAAGCAAAUGGUCCAGGCUUUGGUGGAGCUGGCACAGCGGGACCACAGCGCUCUGGACUGCUGCGUGGUGGUCAUCCUUUCCCAUGGCUGUCAGGCCAGCCACCUCCAGUUCCCAGGGGCUGUUUAUGGCACAGAUGGAUGUCCUGUGUCCGUCGAGAGGAUUGUGAACAUCUUCAAUGGGACUGGCUGUCCCAGCCUGAGAGGGAAGCCCAAGCUCUUCUUCAUCCAGGCCUGUGGUGGAGAGCAGAAAGAUCAUGGGUUUGAGGUGGCCUCCACUUUCCCUGAAGGCCAGACUCCUGACAGUGACCCCGAGCCAGACGCUACCCCAUUCCAGGAAGGCCCGGGCACCGUGGACCAGCCGGACGCCAUGUCUAGUUUGCCAACACCUAGCGACAUCCUGGUGUCCUACUCCACCUUCCCAGGUUUUGUCUCCUGGAGGGACACCAAGAGCGGCUCCUGGUACAUCGAGACCCUGGACAGUGUUUUUGAGCAGUGGGCCCACUGUGAGGACCUGCAGACUCUCCUGCUCAGGGUUGCUAAUGCUGUUUCGGUGAAAGGGAUUUACAAACAGAUUCCUGGCUGUUUUAAUUUCCUCCGGAAAAAACUUUUCUUUAAAACGUAAUGAGGCCAGGGCCCCUCGCCCUGCCUUAGCUUUCACCCCGAACCUUCCUGCUCCAGGCCCGGCAGCGGCUGAGGCCUGGACUCUCGCACAGCUACGGCUGACACGCGCUGAAGGAUUCUGUAGCCCGUAGAGGACCUGCUUUUUCCUCACGGGUGGCAGACAGGCUACUAGCAGCUUCCAAAUUGGAGCCAAAUGACCAGCGAUGGAGAAAGAAGAGCAGAACGCUGUGGACACCACGGGGCUCUUUGCCAGUGGCCCAUUCCUGGCUCGUGGCUGUGGCCCGUGACCCGUUUUCUCUAGAGUAGGGCUUUUCAACCUCAGCACAACUGACCUUUGGGGCCACAUAGUCCUCUGUUGCAGGGACUGUCUGGUGCACUGUGAGAUGCUUAACAACACCCCUGGCCUCUGCCCAGCAGAUGCCAAUAGCACGUCUCCCCGAGUAGUGACAGCCAAAAAUGUCUUCAGACACUGCCAGCUUUCCCCAGUGGGAUCCCACUGGAGAACCACUGAUCUACAGGAAAUGUUGGUGACAAACCAGCAUCUCUCUUAGGUCAGCAGUUUGGGGCUACUGGAGUCUGAACGGCUGGAAUCUGUGAAUCCUAAAUGAAGUUUUAAAAAUUACCAACUUUCUCUAUAUUGUAGUAUUCUUAAAAAAAGUCUUAGGUGAAUAUGGGUUCUCUUUUACCUAUUUCGCCCCUCAUUUUGCUCCAACUCUUUAUUCUUCCUUAUAAAGGAGACUUGCUUUUUUGGAAACAUUUCCCCAUCUCAUUUCUUUUGAUGUUCACCCCAUCCCAGGAAGGUGACUGGGGUGGGAGCUGUGUGCUCAGGGAGGUUAAGUCACUUGUCCAGGGGACCCAACUAACCAGUGGAGAGACCUGGCCAGACUCGGGUCUUCUGAGUCCAGCCUGUGCCCCCAGGUGUCUUCCUGGCUGUAGGACCCUGCACCGCAGGGUGACUGCUGUGUGACCGUGAGAUGGGCUUCCCCAGAGAAGGCCCCACCCCGAGGCCUUUAAGCUGUCUGGACCCCGGCCUGUUUCUUGCUUUCAGGGCCCUGGAUGGGAGGAUGGUUUGCUAAUAAGACUCUUGCCAAGAUAUGAUUCAUAUAGUUGUCACUUUAUUAUUAUUUUACACCUGUGACCUUUCCAAGUCUAAAACAGUCCCGGGGCCUUCUGGUGGUUAGUUAUUUGCAAUCACCUGCAGGACACAGACAAAAAAAUAAUCAGGUUAACCCAGCAGAGCAGAGCCGUGCUUUUGCAAGUUCCUGGCUUUCUCCUUCCCUGCUCUGUACUGCCCGUGUGAAUCAGGCAGCCCUCCAUGAAGCAGCUCUUCCCUGGGAGUGGGGGGGGGGGGGGUGUCUAAUGAUGCCCUGGAGAAAAAGAUGUCAUCACAGCUUUUCACUGACCUUUGGGGCUUCCUGUAAAGAGGGGUCUGAGCCUGGAGUCCUGUUUGGGCUUCAGGGCGGGGGGCCUGGGCGCUCUUAAAAAUUAUAUGCCGAGAGUAUAGAUGGGUAUGGUUGUAGAUUUCAUGUGUUUCUCAAAAAGUUUGAGGGCCCUGAAAUGGUUAACAACCACAGCUGUUUGCAAGGCACCGUUACACGCUGUGGGUGGGGCUGUAACCUGUUUUCAGAGGCUGUCUAGCGGUAUCUACUGAACAUUGGGACACGCCAACUCCGUGAUCCAGUGAUGCUGCUGGACCUCUUAGCACGGAUACCCAGAUCCGUGUGCAAGCGUGUGUGUCCAAGGGUGUUCACUGCAGCCACGUGAGAGUGGAAGAUAGGAAACAGAUGAAAGCUUCACUCAUUCUCUUCAUGCUAUGGACUAUCACUUCGCUGUUCAAAAGAACGACACAGAUAUCUGGGCCCACACUGUAAGAUGUGAUACGGUGUUAAGUGGAAACGCUAAGUUGCAGAACAGUAUGAAGAGGAAAAUUCUGUUUUUGGUUUACAUGUACAUAGGUAGACAUUUUACAGAUGCACACAAAUAAAGUCCAGAAGACCACACACCAAGCCGUUGACUGAUUCUCUCUCGGGGGUGGAACUGGAGAUGCAAAACGAGGAGGGGCAUCUACGCAUCUACUUUUUUACUUGGUACACUCCUAUAUUCUUCCUAUAUUUUUACUGUGAGUAUGUAUUAACUUUCUGAAAUAAAGAUGAAAAUAAAGCUGGUGAAUGCUGACGA